CUGCGCAAUGAGAACUGCAGGUAGUCCGCCAUUGCUGUGUGAACAACUAUCGGAUUUGGCGUUUGGCUGUCAACAAUAAACUUGCGGUGCCCGGGACGCGGAGCUACGAGGUCGAGUGAAAGCUCGUUGGCUUCUCCAUAAACCAGUAGUCACCCCUGUCCCUCCCUGGAGAAUACUUUCAUGUGAAUACAGAGCCCACGGACGAGGCAACCAUGUCCAAUCUCAGCAAAGGCGGCACCAAGAAGGACACCAAAAUGAGGAUACGGGCCUUUCCUAUGACGAUGGAUGAGAAGUACGUCAACAAUAUCUGGGACCUUCUGAAGAAUGCCAUCCAGGAGAUUCAGAGGAAAAAUAACAGCGGCCUGAGCUUUGAGGAGCUGUACAGGAACGCCUACACAAUGGUGCUACACAAACACGGAGAGAAGCUGUACACUGGCCUGCGAGAGGUCGUCACCGAACACCUUAUCAACAAAGUACGAGAAGAUGUCCUCAACGCCCUAAACAAUAACUUCCUUCAAACCUUAAAUCAGGCCUGGAAUGACCAUCAAACAGCGAUGGUGAUGAUCAGAGACAUCCUGAUGUAUAUGGUGAGUAUCUGA